CCUUUGUUUAUCAGUCGACAAUGUCGUCUAAAGUUGUGUGCAAUCGCACAGUUUUCUGUCAACUAAAGAUGGACACUGGGCAUAGAUGAAGAUUACGAGGAUCGGUCCUCGCAUAUGAGAUCGUGCCCUUCAUGCAGAGGAGACUUCCUUUAGGACGACUGCAAGUAGCUUCUCUCGUUUGCCUGCAGUACACCCGGAUAUUUAAGAAUGGAAAUAUCUCGAUGGACUGUCAUCGGUUUUGUUUGUUUACAGAUCAUUUGGAUUCGCUUCAUUGGGUCAGCUGAACCCAUUUUGCUGGAGCCAGGGAAGAUUCAGGCAGUUACUUUGUCACAGCUGGGACCCCAAACAUUUAAUGUUGUAGGAGUAAAACCUUCCAUUCAUUAUCUCCUGAUGCAGGUUCACUCGCAAGGGGUCCCAUUAGUUCUGAAAACCACAUUUCCACCUUCUACAGAGUCCAUCACAGGCACCAGCAUUGGUGUGGUCACUUUUCUGCGUGCCAAUGACACCAACGCAACCUGGGAUGUUGGCAUAGAUUACAGCAACAGUAAUCAUACAGGCAAUGCCACUGCUGUUGUCUUUGUUCAACAGUUUGACGAAGAUGCACCAGUUCCAGGUGGAUGUAACCAGGUAUUUGAACUAGAGACUGAUGCCAACAUUAAACUGAGCUCCUUGCCAUAUCAAACAAAGGUGUGGUUUCAGUUGGCUAAUGUAGGCUAUCAUCGUAAGGACAGUCCUCCUAGCUGUGAUUCAAACAGCAACUUGCAGUAUGUUCUGUACGUUGCAUAUGUGAAAGAAGGUGAUCAUGGAUUUGAAGCAAUGUUUGACACAUUGCAACAGAUGUUGACACCAGAAAUGAUUGAAAGUAAUGCUUACAAGGUUCUAAGCAUGCAAGAUGGUGGUGCGCAAAAGUCACUCCUCAGGGUCACAGCAUCAGAGAAACAGGGGGCAGUAUUUGCAGUCGUUGUCAGGGAUUCAAAAAAUGGCAUGGCGUCCAGCUAUGUAACUGCUGUUACAUACUCCUGUGACUUUUUAUCAGGAACCUGUGAUUUCUCAUUUGGAGUUAUAGAGAGUGUUCUGACCAUUGCGUGUGGAGUGGUGGGGCUGUUUCUUCUGCUGUUUGGCCACAACUAUUUGAGAACAGGAUUUGGAAUCUUUGGCUUUAUUUCUGUCAGUCUGGUCUCCUUCAGUCUUCUCAUGAGGGCUGGCACAUUGACAGAUGCAGCCAGCCUGGGCAUAGCAGCUGUUCUUGGACUGCUGGGAGCUCUAAUAUGGCUUGGAGUCUGGUGGUGGCUGAUGUUUCCCACGGUGUCUGUUCUGCUGCCAGGCAUGACUGCAGGCUACCUAGUGUCCAGCACCUUGUUUUUCUCUCCCUUUGCCAAUCUGUCAUGGUGGGCGUCAGGUCUCAACUAUGGACUGAUCUUUUUCUGCGUUGUGCUACUCUUUCCGAUCCUUCUCUUAUGGUCUCCACACACUUUGAAUAUGGUGUGUUGUGGACUAGUGGGGAGUUUCUGUGUGGUCAUGGCAAUUGCCAUUCCUCUACAUUCCAGUCUUCCAUACAUCAUACUCACUUCUGUGCAUCAUGCUGCAGUCCCAGGAUACUCUGGUGUUAUUGUAGUCUACCCUUUCCAGACAAAUGACAUCAUUCUGGCUGUGCUCUGGGGUCUUCUUGUCAUUGGAGGAUUUUUAUUUCAACUGUAUCGGCAGCGAGGUGAAGUCCCAUUUCCAAAUCAUCAUUCUCUGCAAGCUUCACAGGCUCAAGCUUCACAGGCUCCGGCUCAUCAGGCCCGUCAUGCUCAACUGCCUUCAUCUUCUGAUGACGAAAGGACGCCACUUCUUGGGCACUAACCUUCUUUAUUAACCGAUCUCCCAUUAUAGUCGGCAUCUAAAAACUGAGCUAGCUAACAUGACAUGAACUGUUUUGUUUCUUAUAAGUCAAACUGAAAAUAAGUGCUCAUGUUGUCAGUGCCAUGGAGAAUAGGACCUAGUUAAAACCUAAAAUGGCAUUUUAGGAAUUUAUUGCUAUGAUAGUUGUGGUUUUUCAUUUGCAACAAAUUCAAGCUGUUCAUCCUGGUGAUUGCCCUGUUUUUGUGUGUGUCUGUGUAAAAAAAAUAAUUAUACAUUAUAAAAGUUUGCAUAUUCAUGACAUUCAUGUGUAUCUUCCAAAUGGCAUUAUAAAUGAGUGCUACAGUGAAGAUAUUUGUAUAUAGCUAUAGAUUGUUGAGAAUACUUUGAUUUUCAUUCCUGGUUUAACUACUUGAUGAUGCUCACUACAGAUGAGCCAUAGAUGUACAUUAUCCAUACGCUACUUUGGAUUAUUAAAUCCCACAUGCUGAUUUAAUUUUCUAUUAAAUUUGUUGUGAACAUGAAAAGCAGAUAAGCAUUGAAUAACUAUUUUUUAUAAAAAUGUAUAACAAGAUUUGCCACUUGUAAAUAACUUUGCACAGAGUAACUUUUCCACAGCAUUAGUGUAAAAUGUCAUUGUGCAACUGUUGAGAGAACCAAAAUGUUUGUUACGCCAUUUUUGGCAAUUAUGAUGAUUGAAGUGUUUUGCUUUUAUCCUUUCACCAAAUCAUACAAAAUAUAUUUGGCACCUUAAGUAUUUUUCAUAUUGUGUGUUUGAUGUUGAAAUAGCACUUUCAGAUUAAAGUUUUACUAAGUUUUUCGCAAAGAAUAUUUUGUUUUACACCUUUACUCAUGUAGAAAGUAUACAAAUUAUUACUCCUAUAAACAUGCUUUACAACUGAAAUAUUGAGAACCUUCGUUUUAAAAAUUAACCCUGAAAAAGUAAUCCCACUGUAAAAUAUUUAAAUAAUGUACUUUUACCAUCCAAUUAACUCUGCACGUGGCAGAAAAUCUUGAGUUGUAUCCAUCUCAACAUUUCUCCUUUCUGAAUGUGCUAAGUAUCUGACUACUAUGUAGUCAUACAUUGUUAAGGUUUUGAAUUUCGUUACUGCAUAAUUUUUUAAUAGUUCAUACUAUCUGCUCUGACGCAAUAAAAUUUAUCAAAUUUCUAUUCAA